GUUACUGUUUUAUCUGAAUAAAUUUAAUCUUAGGGGUCUUACCAAUGGCCACAUGUUGCACCCGAUCGAAAACUACAACAAGAUUCUGGGGUGAAGCCCGCGGCCACUAUCAGCAAUACGCGCGGCCCUUCAUUAUAAAUACAGUUCUCGCCCACAUAUUUUACUCGGUUUCAUCUUCUGAACGGUCCAAGAAAAAAUACUAAAAUUCUUUCAGUGCUUUCAACGAUGUCGGAAGUGGAUUCAGACACAGAGGGCCAAGGUCAGGGGGUAAGUGCUCUGGAUACGUUCCGCGAAAGCUGGCAGCGGGAGCUACAAGUGCAGGCGGAGCUCACACAGGUGGACGCCGGGUCAACUGUCCCUGGCCAUGGCCAUGCCAGUGAGGCUGAUCUUCUGCAGGCCAAAGCGGAGAGUCUGUACCGCACGGCAGUUCAACUGGAGCAAAGAGGCAAGGUCUACGACGCAAUACCGUUCUAUCGCAAGGCCACGCAGAUCGUACCUGAUAUUGAGUUCAAGUUCUAUGAGCAGCAGAAACUAAACAACGAGGCCAACAAGAAGUAUAAUAACAUGGCCAGUGACUUCGCCAAGCAACUUGAUCUUGGGCAGCCGCAGUCCGAGGGGAUAGAGGGCGGCGACAAAUUGAUCGAAAACUUGUAUGAAAAGUUCCAGCAUGACCUAAGUCAAGAGAAUGUCUACAACGGCAAGCUAAUGGCAUCCAGCCGAGAUCCUGGCGUCAUCUCUACGGGACUACACAUCUCCGAUUUGCCACCCGAGAUUGUGAUGCGAAUCCUGCGCUGGGUCGUAUCCUCCCAGCUGGAUAUGCGCUCACUAGAACAAUGCUCCGCUGUCUGCAAAGGGUUCUACGUGUAUGCACGAGAGGAGGAGCUUUGGCGACUGGCAUGUGUUAAAGUUUGGGGCCACAGCACUGGUACUUUAGAUGCCCAGGAUUCGGAGAAUACAACCGUCUACAGCUCCUGGCGCGACAUGUUUAUUCGUCGGGAGAGAGUUAAUUUCAGCGGAUGUUAUAUUAGCAAAACCACGUACCUGCGAAUGGGCGAGAACAGUUUUCAGGACCAAUUCUAUCGACCUGUACAGCUUGUGGAAUAUUACCGGUAUAUUCGAUUCAUGCCCGAUGGCAAGGUUCUGAUGAUGACGAGCGCCGACGAGCCAUCCCAGGGAGUCACCAAGAUUCGGAACUUGCACAACAUACGCCCAGAUGUUCUGCGUGGACGCUACCGGCUGUUUGGCAACACAGUAACGCUGGUCCUGCAGAAGUCGUCACAGACAAGGGGCACCACUGGGCAUAUGCGCCAGAGACGUGGCAGCGUCAUGCCGUUGGACGAGGACUCGAACACCACACAGUUUCUGAUUGAGCUGCGCAUCACACACUCACCCAAGCGGCGCUGUGCCCAGUUGGUGUGGUCGCACUACACGCUGGUGCAGAAGCGCAACAAGGUCGACACCAGCUCCGACUUUGACCUGACGGACGCAAAGUAUCCCUCUCUGUGGUUCUCACCUGUAAAGAGUUAUCACCUAGACGCCGAUGCACCAUUGGUCUAAACUAUAGACGUUCCUUUAAGCAUGGAAAUAAAAAGUAUGCGUAA